GGAGGCUCGCGAGUAUAGAAAGAAAGAAACAGAUCUUUCCGGUUAAGCUUCCCCUUUCACACGAACAGCAAUAAAGAAUUUUAAUUGAAGAAAAAAAAAAGAGAGGAACCCCUCUUCUUCCUCCCUGCUAUUGCUAUUGGUCUCCUCCGGUGAAAGCGAUCGUCGCGCGGUGACGGUGCAGCUCCCGUCGCAUUCGUGGUGAAUCUUGGACACGGCCGCUUGCAGGUUCUUGUGGUGAUUCUGUUACUGUUUGGCUUCUUGUGUGCGAAGUGCGAAGCAAAUGGCGUUAUCGAGGAUUGCGAGGGGCUCGCAGCUCACGCAGUCCCUGUCGAGGAUUGCUGCCGAGGGCAGCGCGGCCGCCACUCCGGCGGCGUACGCGCUGCGGAAUGCGGCGGUGCUGGGCCAGCGCGCUCCGGCGUCGUCGUCCCAACUCCACAGCCUCGCGUUAGCGGGGCUUGCUGACAAGUACGCCGCGGCCGCCGUCGCUGCCGGGCGGCUCCAGCCGGGCAGGGGGAUCAGCACGACGCCCCCCGCGCUGCGCCCCGCGGCGACGGCGACGACGGAGUGCUCGGACGCCGACGAGUCGGCGGCGGUGCCGGACCUCGGGCCGACGCGUCCCGGGGAGAAACCACGCGUGGUGGUGCUCGGGACCGGGUGGGCGGCGUGCCGGUUCCUCAAGGACGUGGACACGCGCGCCUACGACGUGGUGUGCAUCUCGCCGCGGAACCACAUGGUGUUCACGCCGCUGCUGGCGUCGACGUGCGUCGGCACGCUGGAGUUCCGGUCCGUCGUCGAGCCCGUCAGCCGCAUCCAGUCGGCGCUCGCCACCCGCCCGGGCUCCUACUUCUUCCUCGCCUCCUGCUCCGGCAUCGACACGCGGCGGCACGAGGUGUACUGCACGGCGGCGGACAGCGACGGGCUGCCCGCCAACCCGUACAACUUCAAGGUGGCGUACGACAAGCUGGUGAUCGCCAGCGGCUCCGAGCCGCUCACCUUCGGCAUCAAGGGCGUCGCCGAGAACGCCAUCUUCCUCCGCGAGGUCAGCCACGCGCAGGAGAUCCGCCGCAAGCUGCUCACCAACCUCAUGCUCUCCGAGAAUCCCGGCUUGUCGGAGGAAGAGAAGCAGCGUCUCCUGCACUGCGUCGUCGUCGGCGGUGGCCCUACUGGGGUGGAGUUCAGCGGCGAGCUGAGCGACUUCAUCACCCGCGACGUGCGGGAGAGAUAUACUCACGUCAAGGAUUACGUCAAGGUCACCCUCAUCGAGGCGAACGAGAUCCUCUCGUCCUUCGACGUCGGGUUGCGCCAGUACGCCACGGACCACCUCUCCAAGUACGGCGUGAACCUGGUGCGCGGCGUGGUGAAGGAGGUGAGGCCGACGGAGAUCGAGCUGAGCGACGGGAGCCGCGUGCCGUACGGGCUCCUCGUCUGGUCCACGGGCGUCGGCCCGUCGGAGUUCGUGAGGUCGCUGCCCUUCCCCAAGUCCCCCGGCGGGAGGAUCGGCGUGGACGGGUGGCUCCGCGUGCCGUCGGCGGACGACGUGUUCGCGCUGGGCGACUGCGCGGGGUUCCUGGAGGGGACAGGGCGGCCCGUGCUGCCGGCGCUGGCGCAGGUGGCGGAGCGGGAGGGCAAGUACCUGGCGCGGGUGCUGUCGAGUGUCGCGGCGCAGGGCGGCGGCAAGGCGCACUGCGCCGGGAGGGCCGAGCUCGGCGAGCCGUUCGUGUACAAGCACGUCGGGAGCAUGGCGUCGGUGGGGAGGUACAAGGCGCUGGUGGACCUGAGGGAGAACAAGGACGCCAGCGGGGUGUCCAUGGCCGGCUUCGUCAGCUGGCUCAUGUGGCGCUCCGCCUACCUGACGCGCGUCGUGAGCUGGAGGAACAGGUUCUACGUGGCGGUCAACUGGGCCACCACGCUCGUCUUUGGCCGGGACAACACCAGGAUCGGCUGACGUCAUGGUCAUGAAGUUGGCUAAAAAUUCGUCAUGGUCUGAAUAAUCCACGUUCUGGAAGGAGGGAUCAGGCGGAUUGUUCUGUAGUACUUACGUAUUCUUUUAGCGUGGCGUCGCGCGUAAGUUACGCGGGCUAGCAACGUUACACAUAUAUAUUUUUUUUCGAUCAAAUAUGUUUAGAUAGUACUGAGUUUGCCUUAAUUAAUCGAUUUGGCAUGGAUAGUGUUAAUUUUUAAACAAUUUGUCCAUUGAUAUUUAUUAUUUUUUAUAACAGUAUAUGUCAGUAA